GGGUUAGCUGAUCCAACCAGACAGCUAACUAACAUACCAUGGGAACUUGUUAGCUUGAUCCCACUAACAUAGUAACAGUUAACGUUAGAUCGUCUGAGUAGGUGUUUGUGCAGCCGGGUUUCUAUCGUCGAGUUGUUUGGUUUGAAGGUGAUGGAGGCUGCUCUGGUUCAGCUACAGGGUUGAUUAGCGGGCAUGUUUAUUUUUAAGCGAGUUAGUUGAACUCACAUCACCAUGUAGCUAUCAGGACGAGAGGUCAAACAUUCCCAGUUGUGGUUGUUUAGCUCCUAACUAACGUUUCCAAGUUAAAUUCAUUGACACUGUUUCAGCAUUGACUUCUGUCAAACUGCAUUCUGAUAAUUACACCGGUGUGUUGCUCUUAAAGGCAAAACAAAACCCCAGCCUCAAACAGAAUUUAUUCUGUGAUUCAUUCCAGUCAUCGAGAGCAGUAAAUAACAACGUUUUUGUUUCACGUGUCAAAGCUGGAAAUCAGAGCAUCACCCUGAAUAUCGAUGACGUUAUCAUCUGAUCUAUUAGCAAAGAUGAUUUGAUCAUCGUCGUCAUCAUUACAGUUGUUCAGAUUCACCAUUCAAAACUACAGUAUACUACGGUAUUCCAGAAAUUACAGGUUAGUUUAAUUCUAGGAUAAGGUUUUCUUUACAGUAAUAAUUACUGGACCUUGAAAGACUGUACAGUGUUUACAUUAAUAAUUGUGUUUUACACAAUGUGUUUAUAACCACCCCUCACAUACCUUGAAUCUGCCUGAACAGGUUGACUGUCUGACUGUAAAGUCAGUUUUAAACAAAAUAACUCAUGAUAAAUAUGCCACUUGACAGUAGGAAAGGAAAGUGUGAUUGGUGCAACCCAAAAUGCAUAUUGAAUUUUACUUUAACAUCAUUUCAAGCAUCAGUAUGGCUCAUUAUUUGCAUUUGGACAUUUGAAACCAAUCACUUCAGGCAACACAGCAAGCUCACGGCUCUAUGUGAACACAUUAUGGUUCAUUUGUUAGUACUGUGUGCGUGUGUGUGUGUAUGUUCUUGAUGGACCAGUUUUUAAGUAUUAGUAAGAAUGUUUGUACUGAGUUGUCACAGACAAAAACAUGAGCUAAUGUGUUAUUAUUAAUUCAGGAAGAAAUUCUAGUUUGUAAUGUGGGAUUCUUGGUUAACAUUUAGAAUCUGUUUUCUUUGAUUUUUACUUUAUUGUUACAGUGUUUAGUUUUUAAGCCUGCAAAGGGCCAUAAUUGGAGGGCUGUAACAUUAGAGAUCAUGUGCCAGUUUGGGAGUUGUCAUAGAUUUAGUGAUUAUUAAAGCUGUUCAGUGCAGAUUAGGCCCCUUUUGAUGUUCCAUGAGGCCCUGGCCUUUUGGGGAAGUCAGAUGAAUGGAUGACGAAAUAUAGUAGUUUUUUACGAGGACUUCAUCAUUGGCCAAUCCAACUUUACAACAUUUGGUAAAGUCAAAAGGAAUCCUGCAGUUGAUGAAAUAUGUUUUAAUGCCUGAACUUCAUGGUGCUGGUGCUGUCAUUAAAUAAGAGUUUUACCAAACUCUUAGCUGCUGGAAAACUUUGUCUAAAUCUCUUUUAUCACCACAUGCACAGGGUUGCCCAUGGAGUUUUACAAGAUUAGUGCUGACACAUUAAAAGGCAGUUACAAAAUCAAGGACUGGACUGCUAGGAGUCACAAGUAGCAUAGAUAAGCACAAUAGUGGAAUAUAAAUAAAUAAAGCCAAGUAAUUGUUCCUCUGUUGGUGUUCAUACUAGUGAGGUGGUGGUGGAAAUCUCCUUUUGUAGUCUAAAUAAACAGCUCUGUUUUUAUGGAUCAGAGAUUCAUCAGGCAAACCUGCAACAGAGUGUCAAGGCUGACUGAAUAAACUGUUAUUAGAGGGGUGUGUUUACAGGGAGGAGUAGUUUACGUUAUGGUGGUAUGUGAGACACAAGGUUGUUUGGAGAUUAAGGACAGUUGUUUGGACUUGAUUAAGUUUGAGAAAAAUGAUAAGAGCAAGACCAGAAGGACCCUCCAUCAUCAUGUGUGCCUGCUAAAAUCUCAGCGGUAUUUAGCUGCAGGACAAUUUGUUCUAGUUUAGGAUGAUAGCUGGUUUGUUAUUGUCACAUCAUGAGCACAUCAUGUCUUUAUGAGCUACUAUUAGUGAACACAAUAUUGCAGUAUUUAAAAACUCAUUUUGUACUCUUUCUAGUGUGUUCACUAACUAACUGUGACGGCUGACCGCAGUCACAUGAGCACACAUGACAAGUAAGCCGUCUGUCUUAAGACAUGCAGAAAACUGAAGUGUCCUGCGGACUAGUAAUAUCUAACGGGCUUUAUCCGGCCCCCAAGACAAUUUCAUAAGGUCCCCCUUGACAUGCUUAAAGGUUACUGUUAAAUUUAAACUUUUUUUUGUGGAGUAUUACAUUUUAAAACAGGGUACCAAAAUUUGAACAAAAUGUUUGUAAAAGAUUUAAUAUUCAGCAAGCUGCCUCUAAAUAAGAAGCGUUUCAACACAAGUCGUAGAGCUAUGACAUAAAUAUCACUCUGAACCCGGAACCAAAAUAUUUCCGUCUAAACCUUAAAGAUGGAGCACAGAAAGUUUCAUGAGAUGUGAAAAUGUAUACUUUUUUGGUUUAGUAGAGUCGUACAGAUCACUGUAUUAACUUUUUUCUCUUUUUAAAAUCGGUAUAUUCCUGCCUUGUGGAAAAAAAGAUAAUUUUUAAAUGAUAUUUUGGGGUAUAUUGUACAAGAAACAACUCACAUUUUGCUCAUAACUGAUAUUGCUCAAAUUCUAAUCAUUUGUUGGACCUUAUGACUUUGAUAAUGCCAAUUAUUCAGAGCACAAUGUUCAGUUGUGCACUAAAGGAAGUGACACUGAAGGAAACUUUGACUGUUGGGAAAGCUGCUCUGUCUGCAGCCUCAUAUGAUCCUUAGUCAUGUGCUCUCUGAGGGCCUACGCUCUCUCUCACAGAACACGGUGUUAUAAAGUACAGUUCUCCGGCUGGAAUCCAUUUCAUCUUUUGGGUGGAGGCUGAAAUUCAUCCCUCAAGUUCCCAGGGAUCCCUCAGCCUUCUCUGAUGAAGGCCGAGCAAGAAGGAGACCUCCUCGAAGAGGAGGACUCCCCUCCGGAGAAUGGAGUCCAGACAAACCAGUACAGCUCCAUCUCUCCUCCUGCCUCCCCGGUGGCCCAGGACGAACCUUUCUCCACAUACUUUGAAGACAAGGUGGCCAUUCCUGACAAUGUCAGCCAGGUGUUCAGUUUCCGUAAACUCUGGGCGUUCACUGGACCAGGUUUUUUGAUGAGCAUUGCUUACUUGGAUCCAGGAAACAUCGAGUCUGACCUGCAGUCUGGAGCUAAAGCUGGCUUUAAGCUCCUAUGGAUUCUGCUCGGAGCCACCAUCAUUGGGCUGCUGCUGCAGAGGUUAGCCGCUCGCCUCGGGGUCGUCACUGGGAUGCACCUGGCUGAAGUCUGCAACCGCCAAUAUCCAACUGUUCCUCGGGUCAUCCUGUGGCUGAUGGUUGAGCUGGCAAUCAUUGGCUCAGACAUGCAGGAGGUCAUUGGCUGUGCCAUAGCGCUCAACCUUCUGUCUGUGGGCAGGAUUCCACUUUGGGGAGGAGUCCUCAUCACCAUCACAGACACAUUCGUGUUCCUCUUUCUCGACAAAUACGGCCUGAGGAAACUUGAAGCUUUCUUUGGCUUUCUCAUCACCGUAAUGGCUCUGAGCUUUGGUUACGAGUAUGUGAUGGUCAAGCCAAACCAAGCGGAGCUGCUGAAGGGGAUGUUCGUACCUUACUGUGCCGACUGUGGGCCUGUGCAGCUGGAGCAGGCAGUGGGAAUCGUGGGAGCGGUCAUCAUGCCCCACAACAUCUACCUGCACUCAGCGCUGGUCAAGUCUCGGGACAUCGAUCGCAAAAAUAAGAAUGAAGUAAAGGAAGCCAACAAGUACUACUUCAUCGAGUCAACUGUUGCUCUCUUCAUCUCCUUUCUCAUCAACGUCUUUGUCGUAGCGGUCUUUGCUCAGGCCUUCUUCAACAAAACCAAUAUUGAAAUGAAUAGUCAGUGCAAUGCAACCGGCAGCCCUCACACCGAUCUCUUCCCUCUCAACAACGACACACUGCAGGUGGACAUCUACAAAGGGGGAGUGGUCCUGGGCUGUUUCUUUGGCCCUGCAGCCCUCUACAUCUGGGCGAUCGGGAUCCUGGCAGCUGGACAGAGUUCCACCAUGACAGGCACUUACUCGGGGCAGUUUGUCAUGGAGGGCUUCCUGAACCUUCGAUGGUCUCGUUUUGCACGUGUGCUGCUGACCCGCUCCAUCGCCAUCACACCUACACUGCUGGUCGCCAUUUUUCAGGACGUUGAGCAUCUGACGGGGAUGAACGACUUCCUCAACGUGCUUCAAAGCAUGCAGCUUCCAUUUGCUUUGAUCCCGAUUCUGACCUUCACCAGUCUGACAUCCAUAAUGAACGACUUUGCAAACGGAAUGGUGUGGAAGAUUUCCGGAGGCGUCGUUAUCCUGGUGGUUUGUGCAAUCAACAUGUACUUUGUUGUGGUUUACGUGACGGCGCUGAACAGCGUGCUGCUCUACGUUCUCUCUGCGCUGCUCUCCAUAGCAUAUCUGUGCUUUGUAGGCUACCUGGCGUGGCACUGUUUGGUUUCUUUGGGGGUUUCGUGGCUGGACUUUGGCAGCAGGAUGCGGCUGUCACGGCACACAGACAUUUACUUGCUGACUGACAUGGAUACUGAUACUGAGACUCUGGUUGAGAGGUAGGAUGAGACAUUGUGAUCGAACGUUGAACCGAUGACCCGACAGAAGCGUGGGACCACUGAAGCUCGGCCAGUAUGUGUUUGUCUUCACCUCUCUGUGCCCAACACCUUUUUUUAAAGUGUCCUUUCAGUACACACACACCCCCACACACACACACACACACACACACACACAC